CUCCUCCAUCAGCCACCUCUCUCUAUGCCCCCUUUGAGCAUCAUCGUCCACCUUUGUCGCCUUCCCACGGGCUUCGCUCGCUUCUGAGAUGCCGGUACAGACGGCAGUCUGCCUCUCCUGACGCCAUCGACAACCGCCUGCAUCCCCGCCACGGUGAACCCUAAACUACUCUGCCGCUGAAGCCAUGCCGCCGCCGCAGAAAAAGACCCAGGUGGAGCACAAGGUGCCCCGCGCGACGGUGGCCAGUGCCGUGGUGUCGCUGACCAUUUGGAUGCGCGAGCGCGCGGCGGAGGCACCCCCGAACCUGCUCGCGGACGAGCGCGACGAUGUCGUGGUGCUCCACCUCUCGCUCCGCCGCGUCCCGCCCAAGCCCACCACCAAGCCGCACCUCCUCCCGCUCCCGCACCCCGUCGUUGCUCACUCGGCCGCCUCCGUCUGCGUCAUCUUCGACGACCGCGCCGGCUCCGGAUCCCCCGCCGCCGCCGCCAUCCUUGACGCAGCCAGGUCCCUCGAGCUCCCCGUCUCAGAGGUCAUCCCCUUCUCUGCCCUGCGGACCGACUACCACCCCUAUGAGUCGCGCCGCCGCCUGGCCGCCUCCUAUGACCUCUUCCUCGCCGACCGCGCCCUGCUCCCGAUCUUGCCCUGCCUCCUCGGGAAGUCCCUGUACUCCAACAAAAAGGCCCCACUCGCGGUCGACUUCACCCGGGCUGGAUGGCCGGAGCAGGUUCGCAAUGUCCUGAGCUCCACUAGCCUCUACCUGCGAUCCGGUACCUGCUCGGGGAUCAAGGUGGGCAAGAUGGACAUGGAGGAAGAGGAGAACGUCGAGAACGUGAUGGCGGCAGUGGAGGCUGCUGUGGAGAAGGUGCCAGAAAAGUGGGCAAACGUGAGGGCUUUGCAUCUCAAGGCUGUGGACUCGGUUCCCCUGCCGAUAUACCAGGUUGUGCCGGAGUUGGGCAUGAAGAUUGAGGUUUGUUAGCUCAUUCACACAGCCCUAGA